AUGUCCGUCGAAAAAGCCCCCGAGCGCGACAACGUCGACGGCGACUCCGACCAGGAUGACGGCCCCGAUUCCAAGGCGCAGGCCGGUGUGCAGAACAUCGAGGCCAUCACCUCCGUCUGGACCAAAAGCGCACUCGGGACUGCCUUUGUCAUGAUCUGGGUGAUUUACUUUGUCGACAGCAUGCAGCAAGGCACAACUGGAAACUUGACGCCCUGGGUCACGUCUGCCUUUCAGCAGCACUCCCUAACGCCGACUGUCACCGUCAUGAGCAGCAUCAUAGGAGGUGUCUUCAAGUUGACCUUGGCCAAGGUCCUCGACAUCUUUGGCCGUCCACAGGGUUAUGUUCUCGCCAUCGCGUUUACUACACUUGGCUUGAUUAUGAUGGCUGGCUGCAAUAACGUUGAGACCUACGCCGCUGCACAGGUAUUCUAUUGGGUUGGCUACAACGGCUUGGACUAUUCGCUAUCAAUCUUCCUCGCAGAUACAACAUCUCUGCGCAAUCGAGGCCUCAUCUUCGCCUAUAGUAGUUCGCCCUACAUCAUUACCACAUGGCUCUCCGGUCCUAUCUCCAGUGCCUUCUUGAAAGGACCCGGUUUCCGAUGGGGGUUUGGUAGCUUCGCCAUCAUUACUCCGGUCAUCACCCUGCCGCUUUUCUUCCUCUUCAUGCACUACAACAAGAAGGCGAAGCAGCUCGGCAUAAUCCGCCCGCGAGAAAGCAAGGGUACUUUUAUCCAAUCUUUGGUCUACUACGGUCGAGAGUUUGAUAUCGUUGGACUGCUUGUUCUGUCUGGAGGACUGGCUAUGUUCCUCCUCCCCUUCAACAUCUACUCCUACCAAUCGGAUGGAUGGAAAUCGCCUCUCAUCAUCGGCCUCUUGGUUGGAGGAUUCGUCGCUCUCAUCGUGUUCGCCAUUUGGGAACGGUUUUUUGCGGCCGUUACGUUUAUUCCUUACUCUCUUCUCACGGACCGCACCGUUAUUGGCGCCAAUAUCCUCGCUUCCUCUGUUUUCGUCAGCUUCUAUAUUUGGGACAGCUACUUCCUCAGCUUCCUCCAAGUGGUCAACGGGCUUAACGUUACUGAGUCGAGCUAUGUUGGCAACAUCUAUAGCAUAGGUUCCUGCUUGUGGGCAAUCUUGGUCGGCUUCGUCAUCCGCUAUACUGGAAAGUUCAAGCCCAUCUGCCUCUUCUUUGGAGUCCCAGUCACCAUUCUCGGCGUUGGCUUGAUGAUUCACUUCCGUCAGCCCGAUGUUAACAUAGGAUACAUUAUCAUGUGCCAAAUCUUCAUUGCCUUUGCUGGUGGCACCAUUGUUAUCUGCGAACAGACCGCCGCCAUGGCAGCGACCUCUCACCAGUAUGUUGCGGUUGUGCUGGCUAUAGAGGCAAUGGCUUCGUCUAUUGGUGGUGCCGUUGGAUCAACUGUCGCCGCUGCAGUGUGGCAAGCCGUUUUCCCCAAGAAAUUGGGACAAUAUCUUCCUGAGUCCGCGCAAGGAAAUCUUACAGACAUCUACGGAAGUCUGGAUGUUCAACUGUCAUACCCGAUGGGAUCUCCCGAACGUAUCGCUAUUCAGCAGGCCUAUGGUGAUAGCCAGAAAAUGAUGCUGAUUGCUGGUACUGCUGUGCUAUCAUUAUCUGUCGUUGGCACGGCAAUGUGGAGAAACAUCGAUGUAAGAGAGCACAAGCAGGUCAAGGGAACCGUCUUUUAG